UUUCCCCACUUGAUGACAAAUUCCACACCCAUAAAAGCCCUUCCCCUCUUCAAACCCCAAAAAUUUCAAUCCUCUCUCAAGCUUUGUUUGUGUCUUUGUGUGUUCAUUUUUCACUAAACCCACCCAACCCUAUUCACAAACAUUCUUUUGAUUUGUUUUUCAUUUUCUUGGUUGGUUAAUUAAAUUGGGCAUCAUCAUGGGAACCCCACAAGCCAAUAACUUGCCUCCAGGGUUUAGGUUCCACCCCACAGAUGAAGAGCUCAUUCUCCACUAUCUUAGGAAGAAGGUGGCCUCUAUACCUUUGCCGGUUUCAAUCAUUGCUGAGGUUGAUAUCUACAAGUUUGAUCCAUGGGAGCUACCAGCUAAGGCUGCGUUUGGGGAGAAGGAGUGGUACUUCUUCAGCCCUAGAGACAGGAAGUACCCAAAUGGAGCUCGGCCAAACAGGGCAGCUGGUUCAGGGUACUGGAAGGCUACGGGCACUGAUAAGAACAUCGUGGCAUCAUUAGUAAGAGGAGGAGUGAGAGAACACUUUGGUGUGAAGAAGGCUUUGGUGUUCUACGAAGGAAAACCCCCAAAGGGUGUCAAGACCAAUUGGAUCAUGCAUGAGUAUCGUCUUGUUCACUCUAACAGACCCAUUAGCCUCAAAGAAACCUCCAUGAGGUUGGAUGAUUGGGUUCUAUGUCGGAUAUACAAGAAGUCCAAACAAGUUGCAUCUUCAGCCACAGAAGCAGCAACAGUGCAAGUGAAUGAGCAAGAUGAAGCAAAAGAAGAUGAGAAUAAAACCAAAGCACCAAUCUCCAAGAUUAGUACUCUUGUCCCUCUUCCACCACUCAUGUCUCAGAAAUCUUUGUCCUUCUCCAACCUCUUGGAUGCCACAGACUACUCCAUGCUCAGCACCAUCUUAUCUGAAAAUUACCACUAUUCCAAUUACACAACUCCAAGUGAUGAAGGCCUAUUCAAUUGUGAGAAUCUGGAUCAUGAAACCCCCCAAAACCAAAACUACUAUUGCAACAAUAACAAUAGUAAUAGCAGCUACUUGUUUCAGAAGAACCCUUCAGUGCUUCCCCACAUGGAAAACAUGACCAGACCCAAGCACCAGCUUUCAAACAUAGAUGAGGACAUGGUGUACCCUUCAAAGAAAUAUCAUAGCUCCUCUUGCAAUUUCCCUAACACCAAUCUCCAAAACCAUAACCAACAAAGGAACUUCAUGUUCAAGCAGCCAUUCAUUAGUCAGCAGUUACUUCUAGGUCCUCAAUAUCUUCCAUUUCAGUGACUAUACUGAGAAAAUAUCUAGAAUCUGUUUGGAUACAAGUUAAAAAUAUUUUUAAAAUUAUUUUUAGUAAAAAAAAUUCUCAAAAAUACAUUUAAACUUUUAUCCAAACAGAUUCUUAGUAGAGAAUCUUGUGUGUGAAAAACUUUUAGAUUAAGUGAGAUAUAAUAUCACAAAGACAAAAAAGAAAAAAAAAUCAAGUCACAAGAAAAAAGAUAAAUAGAAAGAAAUGAAUUAGUAAAAUAUGCACCAGUUGAGCCUGGCACGUGAUAUCUACAUCAACAUGUUCAUUUCGUAAGGAUUAGCACACAGAAAGACAGCAAUUAUUUUUUUUUUUCCCGUUUUCUUUUUAUGAUAUGAAAAGAGGUUUCAUUGGAUCAGUGUAACUGUUAGAUACGGAAUCAGAAAGCAAGGUUCCACUAUUCAAGUGUCAAAAUAUAACAAAAUAAAUCCAGGAUUGACAACGACGAAUCACAGACAAAUCGCGUGUACAAAAUGUUAAUUUGUACUUGUUGGAUUGGGAAAUUUGUUUUAAUUAUGUGUACUUUGUAGACUUGGUGUUGGUUGGUUUAUGGUAUUAUUGCAUUCUUUUUUGGGAU